CUUAUCUCCAAAUCCUAAUGCCCUCAUUUCUUCUAUCCAAAUCCUUCCUUCAUUUGAAUCGUAAAUCCUCUCUCUUUCACCACUUUUCCAUGUCUACUCUCCCCACCAAGACCCGCCUCCGCGGCGUCGUUUUCGACAUGGACGGUACUCUCACCGUCCCCGUCAUCGACUUCGCCGCUAUGUACAAGUCUGUCCUCGGAAACGACGAGUACAUGAGGAUCAAAGCUGAAAACCCGUCUGGGAUUGAUAUUUUGCACCACAUUGAGAAUUGGUGUCCCGAUAAGCAGAAAAAAGCUUAUCAGAUUAUUGCUGAUUUCGAAAAGCAGGGCCUUGCUCGCCUCCAAAUUAUGCCUGGAGCAGCACAACUUUGUGGUUUUCUUGAUGCAAAGAAAAUAAGAAGGGGACUAAUCACUCGGAAUGUCAAAGAAUCAGUUGAUCUGUUUCAUCAACGAUUUGGAAUGAUGUUUUCUCCAGCACUUAGCCGGGAGUUUCGUCCUUAUAAACCAGACCCUGCUCCUCUGCUGCAUAUCUGUUUGACUUGGGAAGUUCAACCAAAUGAAGUCAUGAUGGUUGGUGAUAGUCUUAAAGAUGAUGUAGCUUGUGGGAAACAAGCAGGAGCACUGACAUGCUUGCUUGAUGAAAAGGGGAGGUAUGGCCCUCAUGAUUUUGCCAAGUUGGAUCUAACUCCAGAUUUCAAGGUGUCUUCCCUAAAUGAAGUGUACUCCCUUCUGGAAUCCAAUUUUGACCUAACACCCUGAUUUCUAAAUCCAUGGUUGACAAAUGGUUUGGCACUGAAUGGAGCUUCAGAUAGUUGAGCUUUGUCCAGUCAAGAUCCUACGGUAGAUAAUUUCUGUGAUAUUUUUUUCUCGUUGUUCCGAAAGAAAGAUUUUAACAGUUGAGGAACAACUGAAAUGUAGAAAGCAGUUAUUGUCCUGGUUUUGUAGGUGUAUUUGUUGUAGAUACAAUGAUGAUUUUCUUGAUUUCAUGAUGCAGUGGAAAUUAAUGGGAAUUGGGAUGAACACAUUGUCGAGGGAAUUUAAUGAACAGAAGGUUUCUAGUUUAUGCUUUUUCUCUUCUUCCAGGAAUGAGUUUUGGCCAGAUGAAUGUGACAAUGAGAUUUGACAUAUAUAUGUUUCUCAUCACUUACUGAUUACUGGAUAUUCUUUUUCAGUUCAACCAAAAUGUUCAUUUGUUUUCUGUUUCCCUAAUAAGAGCCAAAAGCGAAAGAUUUAUUCUUUAAGACAACUCUUACUAGUGUUUUUUCUUCUUUGGAAUUGAUCAAAUUCUGAACACGAGGGCUGCUUAAUA